CUCGCGCUCCAGAUUUUAGUUUACGUGCAGUCUGCUCUGCAUUCAUUUUUGUUGAGAGUCUCUACGACUCAGAAUAGAACUGUUCACAUCGAGCGUCAUCACUUUUUUUGUUUAUUUGUUUAGUUUUGUUUGCUCCCUUUGUUUUAACAGUGCACCAUACGUUUUUUUUUUAAUUUCUGUAAAUAGCCUACAUCAGGAUGGAACUUAAUUCUCUUCUUCUUCUCCUUGAGGCAGCAGAGUAUUUGGAAAGAAGAGACAGAGAAGCUGAACACGGCUACGCGUCUGUUUUGCCCUUCGAUAGCGACUUUUCCGGAAAGAAAACGAAAUCCUCUUCCAUUUCGAGAAAACCCCACAACAAUAGGUCAUCACACAAUGAGCUGGAAAAACACAGACGUGCCAAACUGCGAUUGUACCUGGAGCAGCUGAAACAGCUUGUGCCUUUGGGUCCUGAUAGCACCCGUCACACCACACUGAGCCUGCUCAAACGCGCCAAAAUGCACAUCAAGAAGCUGGAGGAACAGGACAGGAAGGCUCUAAACAUGAAGGAGCAACUGCAGAGAGAACACCGCUACCUCAAACGGCGCCUGGAGCAGCUCUCUGUACAGGGCUUAGAGCGCAUUCGCACUGACAGCAUGGGCUCCACCAUCUACACUGACUCUGAGCAAGAAGUGGACGUUGACAUAGAGGGGAUGGAGUUCACAGCAGGUGAGGGUGAUAGUGUGCACAGUGUUAGCGAUGGUGAAGACCACUACAGCCUGCAGAGCAGCUCCAGCGACGGAGGACACCGUUCACAUUCCUGCAGAUUACAGGCUCACAUCUGCUAGACCGCAGCGGUGUCGCCUACCCAACAUAUACAUCAGCCGUCACAGCUGGCAGGAAGCACCUGGCUGAUUUACACUCCUCGGAAAACUCUCAACUCUUGCAACGCUUUAUAUCAAACCCUCCCCAACACCACAAAUACACAGACAAGCAAUAUGUGGUUUAGGAAGAACAUGUGGUGCGGUAAUGCAGUUUUAACUCGUCUCUUCUGCUGUGUAUGAGUGAGAAAGUGUAGCUCUGUUCCAAAACCUAGUGUGUCAUCUGCAUAAACCGUUCUGAGACAUCAUCUUAACUCACAAGGAACAGGCUUGCGUACGUGAUUUUACUGUGUACUUCUUGGCUGCGUUUACACUUCAGAUUUCAAUCAGAUUUUUUAUAACUAACAUCUGGCCUAGAUCGGACAUCGUCGCACAUGUGUAAUCACAAAGAUCCAUUAUAUCACCUCGGUUCUGAGUUACGUGAUCAGAUUACUUUUUUCAAGUAACUAGUAAAGUGUUUAUGCAUUACUUCUAAAUUUACAAGAAAAUAUCUAAGUUACUUUUUUAAAUAAGUAACGCAAGUUACUUAGUCUCCCCGUGUAUCGACUGACAGCUCUUCUGUCCUCAUGUUGAGAGAAAUCAGGGUUUUUUUGCUAUUAAAAACAAAGAAGCUCAGCCCAGGUGACAAAAAGUAACACAAAAGUAACGCAUGCAUUACAUUCCAUAAACCGUAACUAAGUAACGUAAUUAGUUACGUUCCCCAACAGUGCUUCUUCUGAGCCACUCCAAACAUUCAGGAGCACGGAAGCCUGUCCCAUGAUAUUAAUGAAUAAAAUAGGUUCUUUACUGAACAUUAAAUUGUAUUUUUUGACAGCAAAGUGAUAAUUAUUCUAAUUUGGACCGGAAUGAAUGUAAACACACAUAUUAGAUACGAGGCAUGUCUUAUAUGAUUAUAAACAGAAGAGGAAAAAACGGAUAUGAUCAAAAGAUUAAAUCAGUGCAUUAAUGUAAACACAAAUGUAAAAGAAAAAAAAAAAGUGGGGAGUAAGUCUGUGAUACCCAAGAUGCUAUCUAGGUGUGCAGCUCACUAGGUUUGUGAAUGGAGCUUGCUUGUGUGUCAGUUUAUUUUGCAUUAUGGUUUUGAAUAGGAUUCUUGUGUGGUUCCUAAAAAAGUGCAAGUCGUAGCAUCAUGCACACUAAUAGACUCCAUAGUAGAGUAAUGGAUCGGGAGCAAAAGGACAGAACUUCAGGGCACUUCUAGGAGUCAGUGGAUUUUAUUUCAGCAUUUACCUCAGAUUCAUUAAUUGGCUACUUCUUUGCGAAAGAAAAGAGAAUAUCCAUUUAUAACGGAUGAUUCAAGUUGACUCUGUUGCAAAGAAACGGUGCUGUGCAAAUGCAUCAGAGUGUAGAAGUCUUUAUCUAAAACUAUCAGCAGUAAAUGAUGUAGCAAUAAACUUGGAAAGCUACGGCUUUCUGAUGCAGUGAACUGAUUCUGGCCCAAGCCUGAAAGACGUGAGAAGAUGAACAGAGCUGUUUUGUUUCAGUUGUAUUGCACUCAAACUGACAAGUUAAAACUGCAUGACCGACCGUGCAUGUGAAGGUGUAGGGGUAGAAGAAGCUCUGUGGAGGUGUUGGUACUGUCAGAAAAUUAUACUGAUGCUUUUAGUCCUGUGUAACUUACUCGCAAUCAUUUCUGAAGCCUUCCUCCUUCAGCAGUAUAUAUGCAGUGCAGUGUGCAAUAUUCCGUGUGUGAAAGAAGAGAGUUCUUAGUGCUGGGAGUUCCAGCUCUUCACAGACAGUCCCAGACCAAAAUAAAAAGAAACAGAAAAAUAUAUAUAUAUAUUUGAAAAAAGGAAAGAAAAAAAAGUGUAGUUUAUAUUUUCUGUAGUAGCUUUUGUAUUAUAUUUUCCUAAAUAUUCCUUGAUUUAAAAGACAAAUCGCAGAGUAUAUGAGAAUGACAGAAAAUGAGGCCAGGUUAAUGUUUGGAGAGCUCUGGCAUGCUGUGCCUUGACUUGUCAUAGCCCUGUUCCUUUGAUUCAUCCCUCCAAACCAGCUCAACCUGCCAGCCGCCCGCAGCUUCCGUCCUCAGAACAGACUCGUCCUGUGUCCUUCAGACGAGAAACAUGGGUUAGUCACCUCUGACCUCCAUCAAAACAUGCAUCAUCCUGAACAACACACUGGUCAUCUUCUCCUGUGGCAGCUCGUCUCACCUAAUCAGCUCCGCCCUUGAGGCUCUUUUCAUUUUUUAUCAUCUUCAUAAUAGCUGUCUUCUUAUUAUCCUCAUGCCUGAGAUGUGUUUUGUAUUUCAAACAAUGAAGUGGAAGACCUUGGGAGAAGAGCAUUGGAAUCAAUCAUUAAUGGCAGCUGGAGUCCUCCCCACCGUCUCCCAGCAGUAGAUCCUGUUCUUUAGUGUUAAAGAGUGCUUAAGUAUCUGAUCUUCUGCCCAUAAACGCAAAGAGACAGCAAUAUGAUUCUUGUGUUUGCAAAGGGGUGCGGUGUUGUAUUAGAAAGCAGCACUGUUUCACAAUUAUGGUGCAUAUUGUGACCAACACUUUGUUUUUUUAUUUUUAUUUUUUUUAUUCUCUCCAUUCUCUGCAAACACUUAAAGGAUUAUGGAAGCCCAUUUCUGCCACAGAAAAAAAAAAAUAAAAAA